CAGGGCAACUCAGAAGCCUUUAUAAGUCAUCUAUUGAGAUGAGCCAUAAGCUUCGCAACGCAUAUGAUACGUCGAAUGACCUGCGCAGUGAAGCAAUGCACCCAUCCACGGACCUUCUCAGAGAUGUUACGGAAAACAUUCUUUUGACAUAUGGAAGAGUCAUAUGGAGUGAACAGGAGCCGCGAUUAACCCGAAUCAAUGAAAAUUACCCGCGAUUUUUCAUCUUCACUGACCCCAAGGACUUCGAGAGGAUCAGAGCGUAUCUAUACUAUUGGAUUCUCUACCGUGCUAUCCGCUCGUCUGGAACAUCGAAGAAAACCCCGAGUAGCAGCAAAAGCCCAGGAAAGACGCAUAAACCAGGUGGGACAAGGGGAUCUGGCAGGGCAGCCCGUCCAUCCACCUAUUCUUAUCCUGACCUUGAAUACGAUGAAGUCAACUCCUCAAGUGAAUACGAAGACUCGGAUAGCGAUCAAGUUAGCCAAGAUCAGGAGAUCAUAUCUGAUUCUGCGAGUAUUCAAGACCAGACUGAGAGCUUUCCAAGGUCGUUUCAAGCACCAGUCGCUCAGAUGGUACCCCUGUCAUCCAGAACUCGGAGCGUGAAACGGAGGGCCGUAUCGAGUCCGGAUGAGCCAGCAUUACAACUGAGUGUUGCACACAAACGCCUAAGAAGCUCUCUAGGCAAGGAGCAUAGAAGUCAAGGCUUACACCCCAAUGUUGAGCCAGAACAGUCGGCUGAUAGGCUCUCAUAUGCGGUGCCUCAGAUUCCUCAUGUCGAAGGGGUUCCACGCAACUUCCCCAAUCUCUCCAGGUCACUCACGAGUCAUAACAGGGAAGGAUUGGAGUUCAGUACGCAUGGCCUGUCGUUGAAUCCAGAAGCCUUAGCUGGCCUCGGAGGGGGUCGGAAUCCGGCGUCCGACAGGAGCGAUGAUAGAGAAGAUUCUGUCCAAGGCUCCCUAGCUGCUCCCCGGCUUUCGACCAGGACGAAUCUACAAAGUAAGCACCCAUCAUUGACCGUCAAACUCAAGCUGAUCAGCAAAGGCGCCGAGGACGACAUUCCGACGGGUACUCGACAGUCGACAGAACCUACACCCCUAACCCGCCAAGCCGAGAAAUCAGGGAAUCAUUGCAAGCUGGCUUUCAUGCUGCUAGAUAUCCUGAAAACAGGUGAUCCCGAAAACCAAGAUCUCGCCAUUCUCAAAGACACGAUCACGCUCAUCAAUACGAUACGAUACGAUGAUGCCAUACUACUCAAUCGCGUGGAAAAAAACGCGCCCGACAGACGCCAGACUAUCCUAAAUCAAUGGCUCGAAUGUGUUCGCGCAUUUACCACAUUUCGCCAAAUGACCGGCUUCAAGGGCGACAAGAAUAGUCGAGAAGCUUUCAUCAAAGGUCUAGCACGGGAGUUGAAGAAGGCUGCGGGACUUCCACUUGUUCGCAUGAGUUCAGUCAUAUCAGAGUGGCGUCAGGAACCUGAUUUCACAGUAGCCGGAUUUUCCAAAGACCUGGCACAUGUGCUCUUCGGAAUGGCUACCUGGAUGGGCACGAUGGAAUUAGGAGAGCUAGCGGAGGAUCUGACCACGUUCAACGAGAGAUUGUUCGCGUGGUUUGAAUAAGAGAUUGUUUUGUUGGCGGGUUGAGCUGAGCUGUAGACGAACUCGUUCAUGAUUGCAUUCUACAUGUUUUUAGAUUACGAGUUCAAUCCGGGAGAUUGCGAAGUUGAGGACUGCAAGUGUCACUAGUUGAGUUAAUGAUAGAAAAGAAAUAGCAAAAGUGCGAG